AUGGAGAGCCUUCAGCGGCAGCAGGCGGCCCGCCUGGCCCGCGGCCCCGACGGCGCUCCCCGACGGCCUCCCGUUGAGCCGGGUCCUGGCCCCGGGCCGCUGCCCGCCGGCCCUCGCCGCCGCCCGGCCCCCGACCCGCGCCCGCCGCCCGCCGCAGCUGGGGAGGAGGAGGAGGAAGAGGAGGAGGAAGAAGAAGAGGAGGAGGAGGAAGAAGGGGAGCACCGGGAGCCUCCGCCUCCCCCACACCACGAGUGGACCUACGAGGAGCAGUUCAAGCAGCUCUACGAACUGGAUGAGGACCCGAAGCGCAAGGAGUUCCUGGAUGACCUCUUCAGCUUCAUGCAGAAGAGAGGGACGCCUGUGAACCGCAUCCCCAUCAUGGCCAAGCAAGUGCUGGACCUGUACACGCUGUACCAACUGGUGACGGACAAGGGUGGCCUGGUCGAAGUCAUCAACAAGAAGAUCUGGCGAGAGAUCACCAAGGGCCUCAACCUACCUACCUCCAUCACCAGCGCUGCCUUCACCCUCCGCACGCAAUACAUGAAGUACCUGUAUCCCUAUGAAUGUGAGAAGCGAGCGCUCAGCUCUCCGGGUGAGCUCCAAGCUGCCAUUGACAGCAACCGUCGGGAGGGACGGAGGCAGACUUUUGGCACAGCACUGUUCAACUACUCACCAGUCAGCACCCCAACCCUGCUGGGGUCCCCCAAAUUGCCUCUGCCAGCUCUGAGCAUCUCCGCACACAGCUGUGGCCAGCUUGGCCAACUGCAUGCAGUUAAGAAAGAGGAUGGCAUGUUGGCAGCAGCAGUGCCGGGGCGCAUCGCUAUCCCAGUUGGACUGGCCGGCCACCACCUCGCAGCAGCCCAAGCAGCAGCUGCCUCACAGGCAGUGGUGCUGGAGCAGCUAAGGGAGAAGCUGGAAACGGGGGAGCCUCCGGAGAAGAAGGUGGCCCUGACAAUGGAGGAGCAGCAGCGGCUGGUGCAGCACGCACUGCAGCACAACCUCCUGGCUGUGGCUUCCCAGUUCCCCAUGAACAUCAAGAUCUCCAACCGAGAUGACAGACAGGAGACCGCAUUGAACCUGUCCACCAACGGCAUUAGCAGUAUCAACAUGUCAAUAGAAAUAAAUGGAGUUGUCUACACAGGUGUCCUGUUUGCCCGCCGGCCCCCAGCACACCCGGCACCAGGUGGAGGGAGCACCCAGAGCCGACCAAACCCCAUGUCUGCCCUGAACCCCCUGCUCCCAGCCCCCUCACACAACCACACUCCCAGCAGCACCUCACCAUAAGGAGAGAUGCCCCCACCCAGCUGGGGGUCCCCAGAGCUUUGGGGGGGCUGAG